GCCAUGGGGGACAUGAAAACCCCAGAUUUUGAUGACCUGUUGGCUGCCUUUGACAUCCCAGACCCCACCAGCCUAGAUGCCAAGGAGGCUAUUCAGACCCCUACUGAGGAGAAUGAGAGUCCCCUCAAACCUUCAGGCAUGUGUAUGGAUGAGAAUGUGUCCUUAGCUCACUCAGGAUCAGCCCCAGAUGUACCGGCCGUGAGUGUCAUUGUCAAGAACACCAGCCGCCAGGAAUCAUUUGAAGCCGAGAAAGACCACAUCACGCCCAGCCUUCUACACAAUGGAUUCCGGGGUCCAGACCUGCCUCAGGAUCCCCACAGCCUGGGUCAUAACUGUGGGAAGUUCAAUUCCACUUUCAUGAAUGGAGACAGUGCUAGGAAUUUUCCUGGCAAGCUGGAAACACCCAAGUCAGAGCCAUUACCAACCUUUAAUCAGUUCAGCCCAAUCUCCAGCCCAGAACCAGAAGAUGCCAUCAAAGACAAUGGAUUUGGGAUGAAACCCAAGCACUCUGAUGGCUAUUUCCCACCCCCUCCUGGGUGUGGGCCUGUGGGUGGCCCAGACCUAGAAGCUUUGGGUAAGUUUCCAGUCCCAGAGCUGAAUAUGUUUGAUCACUUUGGUAAGAAAGAGCCGAAGCCAGAACCUUUGCCCUUGGGGGGCCAGCAGGAGCAUGAGCAAAGUGGGGGACAGAAGACAGUGGAUCCUCACAAAGAGUUAGAUGCCAGUCACUUCUUUGGGGUAGCUUUGGAAUUCAACAGCCACCCCAGCAACAGUAUUGGAGAGCCCAAGGGGCUUGCCCAGGAGCUUGGCACCUACUCGUCAGUCCCCCCUCGGCAGCGUCUUAAGCCAGCUCACUCCAAACUGUCUUCUUGUGUUGCAGCCCUGGUAGCCCUCCAGGCCAAAAGAGUGGCCAGUGUCACCAAGGAGGAGCAGGCUGGUCACACAAAGGAUCCCUCAGGGCCCAUUAAAGAGGGUUCUAAAGGCAGCCCCAAAAUGCCCAAGUCACCAAAGAGUCCCCGGAGCCCUCUGGAGGCCACUAGAAAAAAUAUCAAGCCAUCAGACAGCCCUCGGAGCAUCUGCAGUGACAGCAGCAGCAAAGGCUCCCCUUCUGUGGCUGCCAGUUCCCCACCAGCAAUUCCCAAAGUCAGAAUCAAAACCAUUAAGACAUCGUCAGGGGAAAUCAAACGGACUGUUACAAGGAUCCUGCCAGACCCUGAUGAUCCGAAUAAGUCCCCUGUCGGGUCACCUCUUGGGAGUGCCAGUGCCGAGGCCCCCAGUGAAGUACCAGGGGAGGAGGGCACUGCCCUGCCUGCAGAGGGGCACUUUUCUGAGGUGAUCACAAGUGUGGGGAGUCCCCAGGGUGACAGGAACGGGGACGAGAACAUGGCCAAGGCCAACGAGUCUUCGUCACUGUGCGGUAGUUCUGGUUCCCGGGCUCCAAAGGGCACUGCCCUGGGCUCCCAGAUGGCCAAGAAGCAGCAGCAGAGCUCAGCACUGCAAGCCUCCAGCCAGGCCCCUGCAAACCUUCUGCCCAAAGCCGUCCACCUGGCCAACCUGAACUUGGUCCCCCACAGUGUGGCUGCAUCUGUGACGGCCAAGUCCUCAGCCCAGAGGCGAAGCCAGGCCCAGCUCACGCAGAUGUCAGUGCCCCUUGUCCACCAGGUGAAGAAGGCUGCCCCGCUGAUUGUGGAGGUCUUCAACAAGGUCCUCCACAGCGCCAAUCCUGUGCCCCUCUAUGCACCAAACCUCAGCCCCCCUGCGGACAGCAGGAUCCACGUGCCGGCCAGUGGGUACUGCUGCCUGGAGUGUGGCGAUGCAUUUGCCUUAGAGAAGAGCCUGAGCCAGCACUACGGCCGGCGGAGUGUCCACAUUGAGGUGCUGUGCACACUGUGCUCCAAGACGCUGCUCUUCUUCAACAAGUGCAGCCUGCUCCGGCACGCGCGUGACCACAAGAGCAAGGGGCUCGUCAUGCAGUGCUCCCAGCUGCUUGUGAAGCCCAUCUCUGCGGACCAGAUGUUCGUGUCAGCCCCUGUGAGCUCUGUGGCACCAGCAACCCCAGCCCCCCCAACUUCCCCUAAACCUAGCCUCACCUCGGGCAGUGCCAGCCCUCCUCCUCCAGCCUUGCCGCUCUACCCAGACCCCGUGAGGCUCAUCCGGUACGCACUUAAGUGUCUUCAGUGUCACAAGCAGAUGCAGGACUACAUCGCCCUGGCUGCACAUUUUCAGAGGACGACAGAGGACACUGAGGGACUGACUUGCCAGGUGUGCCAGAUGCUGUUACCCAACCAGUGCAGUUUCUGUGCCCACCAGCGGAUCCACGCACACAAGUCUCCCUACUGCUGCCCCGAGUGUGGGGCCCUCUGUCGUUCUGCCUAUUUCCAGACUCAUGUCAAGGAGAAUUGCCUGCACUAUGCCCGCAAGGUGGGCUACAGGUGCAUCCACUGUGGUGUCAUCCACCUGACCUUGGCUUUGCUGAAAAUCCACAUCCAGGAACGGCACUGUCAGGUUUUCCACAAAUGUGCAUUCUGCCCCAUGGCCUUCAAGACUGCCAGCAGCACUGCAGACCACAGCGCCUCCCAGCAUCCCACCCAGCCCCACAGACCCUCCCAGCUCAUCUAUAAGUGCUCCUGUGAAAUGGUCUUCAACAAGAAGAGGCACAUUCAACAGCAUUUCUACCAGAAUGCCAGCAAGGCACAGGUGGGCGUCUUCAAGUGCCCCGAGUGCCCACUCCUGUUUCCGCAGAAGCCGGAGCUGAUGCAGCACGUCAAGAGCACCCACGGUGUUCCCCGAAACGUGGAUGAGCUGUCAACCCUCCAGUCCUCAGCAGACACAUCCUCAAGCCGCCCUGCCUCUCGAGCCCCUGCUGAGCCUCCAGCAACGAGCGUGGCUGCUCGAGGCAGUUCUCUGCCCUCCAGCCGCUGGGGCAGGGCUGAGGCCCACCGCAGGGGGGAAGCCAGGCCCCGGCUGAGGAACACUGGCUGGACAUGCCAGGAGUGCCAGGAGUGGGUUCCCGAUCGGGAGAGCUACGUGUCACACAUGAAAAAGAGCCAUGGGCGGACAGUGAAGCGGUACCCAUGUCGGCAGUGUGAGCAGUCUUUCCAUACCCCCAGCAGCCUCCGCAAACACAUUCGCAACAACCAUGACACCGUGAAAAAGGUCUACACCUGUGGGUAUUGUACCGAGGACAGCCCCAGCUUUCCUCGGCCCUCCCUCCUGGAGAGUCAUAUCAGCCUUAUGCAUGGCAUCAGAAACCCUGAUUUGAGCCAGACGUCCAAAGUCAGACCUCCGAGUGGGCCUGCCCCUCAGGUGAACCAUCUGAAAAGACCAGUCAGUGGAGCAGAGGACGCUCCAGGUACCACCAACAGCACGACGGUCUCUUCCUCCAAAAGACACAAGUCCCUUUUCCAGUGUGCAAAAUGUACCUUUGCGACAGACUCGGGGCUCGAGUUCAAGAGCCACAUACCUCAGCACCAGACGGACAACUCCACAGCCCAGUGUCUCCUCUGUGGCUUGUGCUACACCUCUGCCAGCUCCCUCAGCCGCCAUCUCUUUAUUGUCCACAAGAUGAGAGACCAGGAGGGGGAAGAGGAGGGGGCGGGGGUGGCACCGGUGGUAGAGGCAGUGGAGCUGGAGGCCUCUGGUGAGGAAGUGCCCGUGGAGACCAAGGAGAAUGGACUAGGAGAAUGUGCUGGCGAGCCUUUGUUGGCCGACCUGGAGGGAAGAGGAUCACUGGCCCCGGUCUCUGAGGAGGAUGGUGCCCAAGAUGCUGAAAGUCACCCCCAGGCCUCUCAGGACCAGGACAGCUGCACACCAUCCCCUUAG